UUCCCCCUUUCCCUCCCCUCCGCUGGGUAUAAAACUCACAGAUGAAGGUGGAGGAGUGACAUUAAGCCGUGCACCACAGGGAGUCAAGUCAAGCAAAAAAGAGGAUCUUAAUAAGCUUCCCAUCUUCCUCAGGCGACAGAGGGACAAACUCAAAUCUUCCUUUCCUGUUUGGACUUAAAGAGAUCAGAUUCGACGCUGCAGGGUUUACAGAUGGAAGGAGGUGUGUGUGUGUCUCUGUGGUGUGAAGAGGUGGAGGAUGACCAGAGUCAGACUGAGGCACAGAGCCAGCCUCAGGUGGAGAGUUCGGGUCAGCUGCGAGCUGCCUGGGACCCCAGUGUGUCGGGGCACCGUGUGAUCCAGAGGCUGCUCCACGUGGAGGAGAGGUACAUGCCUUCCAUCUUCUACAUCACCCUCAUCCAGAGGGACCCCGAGCGCAGGGAGGAGCUGGCCAAAUGGGCCCUGGAGGUGUGCUGUGAGUGCGGCUGUGACGAGGCCGUCUUCCCUCUGUCUGUCUCCCUCCUGGACAGGUACCUGUCUCACUCCCUCUCCUUACCCGUCUCAGCGUACUGCCUGGCUGCCGGCUGCAUCCUCAUCGCCUCCAAACUCACAGAGUGUGACAACGUGACGGCUGACACGCUCUGUGCUGCGGCUGAGUACAGCUUCCAGCCUUCAAACCUGCGGGAAAUGGAGCGUGUCAUCCUCGCCACGCUCCGCUGGGACACAGCAGCAGUGACCCCUCAGGACUUCUUCCCACACUUCCUCGCCUCCAUCAUGGAGGAGAGAGCAGACAGAGACAGCGGUGAGUCCGAGGGGGAUCUGCACUCCACCCUGAGGCGGCACAGCGACACACUGGCUGCCAUGUGUGCCUGUGACUCCCGCUUCAUGGGAGCUCCUCCAUCACUUGUUGCUGCUGCAUCACUGAACUGUGCCCUGCGUGGACUGGGGAACAAGAGCCCCACUCAGCUGGCUGUGAUGGGGGAGGCACUGGCUGAGCUCUGUCAGGCUGACCUGGCGGUGCUGCAGUGCUACAGUGAGAUGAUCGAGUAUGCUCUCAGGCAGCGGCUGAGCAGUGGACUCCAGCAGGGCCCCAUGGAGAAAGGUGAAGAGGUGGAGACAGAAAGACCUGGCACACCCACUGACAUGAGAGACAUUGAUUUCUGAACACUCAACCAACUCCUGCAUCCAGACUGUGAAUCAAUCAAAGAGCUCUCAAGUCCAUCAGUCUAACUGAUAUAAAUGUAUUAUGACCUUUAA